AUGUUGUCAAGCACCAGCACCCAUGCCAAGCUGUCCAUGCUCUGCGCCGCCAUCACCCUAUAUUCAGACAGUAAUCUGCUGCAAAGCUUCCCCAAGCCCGGCCAAUCCUUGUUGCCAAGCUCUGGCUCCUCCAGCCCCACCACCACCACCUCCGUGCUGUUUGGCGGCUCCAUCCCCGGCCAACCCGUGCUGCCAGCCAAUCCAGCCUCAGCCAUGCCAAUGCUCGGCCCCACGCCCGGUACCGUGUCGUUGUUCAGCGCCGGUGAUGGAAUGCCCUGGUUGUGCCCCACCACCCCUUCGAUGCCCCGUGGCUAUUCAGUGCCGGAUCGGUUUCAGGAUGCGUCGCGACAUCCACCACUCGAGCAA